AUGAAAUUUACUUCUCCUCUCCUGUUCCUCUUCGGAGGAAUGACAGCAUCUGCUGCUGUUCUCCAAAAACGUGAUACUAGCUCUACCGACUCAUUUCACUUAUAUGCGUAUGGUACUGGUAUUGGUGGCCUUCCAGUAUACUACUCUGAUGGAAAUGCAUUUAUCGGCAAUACUGUUCCAGCUGGCUCCAAGGUCAACGCAAACAUCACAUUCACACCAACUUCUUCUAGCGAAUGGAUUGUCACACCCAGCAGCAGCAACGUGACACUGACCAACACAACCACAUCCGCACUCGUCAUCAAUCCAUCCUCUAGCAGACUCACCAACGUGGGAUUUACCGGAGCGGUUGUUGGGAACAGUACUACCAAGGGGCUUAGCGCAUCGACUGCUGGAAAUGGUACGACCAAGGGAUUUAUCGCGUUUGGAAAUUGGGCUAUGUGGAAGAAUCCCAGCACGGAGAAAAUAGUGUCGAAUUUCUAUGCGACGCCGGUUUGUGAUGGGGUGUGGCAGUUGAUGUGGAAUGCGGAGGAGAUUGAUGAUGGGUCGAGUAUUAGUGUUGCGGUGAGGAAGACGGCUCCUAGUCAUUAG